CAUCACACCCAGCGUCCGACAUGGCUGAACCGGAUGCGAAGGCUGCUGCAGCUGGCGGCGGGUCCACCGGGCCUAGCAAACCCCAGAAACCUCCGAAUCCUGUGUGGAAGAUGAUGGGUCUACCAAAUUUCCGCAUGAAGCUACCAUCGCGGAACUGGAUGAUAUUCCUCUCCAUAACUGGGUCCUGGACCGCCGCCGUGAUGUACGAUCGUCGCGAGAAAAAGCGCAUACAGAAGAAAUGGGCUAGGGUUGUCGAACACAUUGCACAAGAACCACUAGACACGCAACAGCUCCCCCGGACGCUUACCGUGUUUGUGUCUGCACCGCCGGCAGAUGGACUGGUACCUGCACGCGACCACUUUCACGAAUAUGUGAAGCCAAUACUGGUUGCCGCGGCGCUGGAUUGGGAUGCGAUUGAGGGGAGGAGAGAAGGAGAUGUGCGGGCUGGGUUGGCGGAGAGAAUACGCAAGUUGAGGAAGAAGAGGGGGGAGACGAGUAGUGAGCCGAUAGAGGAGGGAAGUGAGGAGUUGCUAGAGGCAACGAGGCAGAGAGCUGGUGUUAAGGAGUGGGAUGGUCCGGGUGGAGACAUUGUUAUUGGGAGGCACACGUGGAAAGAGUACGUCAGAGGGCUACAUGAAGGCUGGCUAGGACCUUUGGACGCUCCUACACUACCAGCAGAAGCUAUUGAGGCUCCAGCUGCUACGGAGCUGCCCGCCCCGGGAGCGACACUUGAGCCUCGCGAGCCUACCACUGAGGUCACCGCACCUCCUGUCGCGACUGACGACGCAUCUCCUACCGCUGCUGCCGAAGCCCCCAAAACAGACGAAGCCGAGAAGCCAAAAGAGGAGGAGAACAAGCCCAAGAAGAAGAAGCAACCACCACCCUUUAUCACCACAGCCGAAUACGAAAAUUCAACACUGUCCCGAAGCUGCCCUCAAGCGCUGGGUCCCGCCGCUAUCAUACCCUUCCCGCACCUUCUCGGCUUCUUCAAUUUUCCGAUACGUAUGUACCGCUUCCUGAACAGGCGUCAAGCGGCGGAUGUCAUUGGCAGGGAGACUGCUGCUGCUGUACUUGGAGUAUAUCGACCGUUUGAAACAUCAGGAGCGUCUGUCACCAGCGACGAGAAUGGUCAUAGUAGCGCUCAAUGGGAGCAACAGCGGUUACUCGAGCAUGAAGAACCUGAUUGGCACAAAACAGCGCGAAAGCGCGAAGAGGACGACAAGAAGGAGAGGGUAUGGUUAGACGACAUGGUGCUCGACCCAAGAAUCGCUGAGCGUAUGAGGAGAUUCGCAUUAGAUGCUGGUGUGGAUGAGCGAGCAAACAAUACAUCUCCUGCAAAAGAAAGCUCUUGGAUCGGUUCAUUGUGGCCGCAAGAGAAAAAGAAGGGCGCAUGGGAAGGUCUCAGCGACGACUGAUCGACUGUAUAUUCUGUAUUCUGGCAUCUCACCUUCGAUCUUGUGUUAUAUAUUCUGGGGGGAGCUGUAAGAGUAGCUAUGUACCAUGGAUGCAUUAGGCGGCGCAACUAUAUCAACAAGGUUCUGCAUAAUGAGAAUUACACUCUACUUGGUGCUAUCUGCAUCCAUGCACG